AUGGCCCAAAACAAGAUUUUCUAUUCUGCAAAGCUUGACGAGAACAUGCAAAGAUCAGCCUACUUUAAGACAAACAGACAGUUUUUUUUUGCAGUCAAGACAAAAGCGUAUGCUGCUAUUGCUAGCACCAAUACUGCUGCUCAAAACAAGUUCAAGGAUGAUAUCUUUGAAGCCGUUCUUGCGAUACGGUUUCUGCACAACUGCAAUCAAAGGAGAACAGCUUCUCUGAUGCUGGAUCUUCAGACGAACUAUUGCAGGGAAGUGGAUUAUUAUCCAAAGACGGUCAGCAAAGCACAAGAUAUGUUGAAGAUUCACAUGGAAGUGAGUAAAAAUCCGGGAGUGAACCUCUACCAAAGAAAAAGAAGACUGCUACCAAAGAUCCAAUGGAAGAAUCAGGAUCAUUAUGUUGACUAUGGGAAGAAGGUCAAUCUUAAUCAGAUUGGAGCAACUAUCCCAGCUACUGUUCCAGCUAUAGUUCCUGGAACUUCAGCAUCCACAAGUGGAGAAUCGAGUGUUGCAGGAAGCGUUAACACACCUUUGCAACUUGCUGGUACUACAGGUAAUCAAAUGAUGCAAGCUCCUUUGGAGAUGCAGCUCAUGCAGAUUCCAACGCAAGUUGGUGGCACUGUGACUGUUCCUUACUCAAUGGAUGCUAAUGGUGAAAUUGCGUUCAGCGGAAUGCAACUCGGCCAUCAAGGCAUGCUCAAGUGCGCCAAGGAUUUGAUGCUAAUCAAGCUCAAACUCCGCAGGUUGUGA